AUGGCUGGCACUGGAAAGCGCAGCCGCCUCGUUAAAUAUGCCUUGCUAGUCGCUGUUACUGUCGAGUCAUCCACCGCAUAUGCGAACAUCAUGAUGAAGCAAUGGAAACUCGAUACUCUUACGCCUUCAACCUCCAUACUAGCCGAAUUUAUACCUUUCGACAUCUUCCUAUCUCUCUCAGAAAACGUGUUGCCCCAUUCGAACCCUUUUCUCAAUGGUAUCAUUUAUAUGGUAUAUUUUCAGCAAGCUGCUGCAUGUUUGGGUGUAUCUUUGCUUGGAGGUAUCUUAACCUUGGACAUGGCCUUCAUGUGGUUGAAGAAUUAUCUCAGAGGAGACUCCGAUUGGCUUAGAGAUCCUCAAGACGUUCUAGAUCCCCAAAAGUGCAACUACUUGGAAAAGUUAGUACUGAGUUGGGCAAAAGAUCUCGGCCGUCUAUGGAGUGCAAUUUGCAUCAUUGUCAUUAUGGCUGCUGUCGAAUGGGAUAUUGCUCAUCAUUGGCAACACUCACAUUUGAUCGACACUGAGAGGUCGAGUUAA